GGGACCAUCACGCACAGACUUGGCGACGCCACGUUGUUUUUUACGCACAGAUCCGCGGGGAGCGAGGAGUUAAACAACAACAAGAGGGACCGGUUCUUGAGUCCUCUGCGCGCGACAGUCACACAGCUUCCACCUGCGUCAUUUACAACGAGCCGUGCGCAGCGAGCAGGACAGAAGAGCGCUGAAUAUGAGCGUCAAAACACGGCACGAGGCUCAAAAUACACCGGAGGAGCCGAGGAUGAACGGAGCCGCGGUGAUUACGCAAGCCCGGAGCGAAGUGCAGCUGCCGGGGGGAGUGGAGAGGACGGUCCGGUUACAGAGGCGGACGCACGCGUCUGUUCCUCAGUUCACAAACUCCCCGACUAUGAUCGUGAUGGUGGGGCUGCCUGCCAGAGGGAAGACCUACAUCUCCAAGAAGCUCACCAGGUACCUCAACUGGAUCGGGGUCUCCACCAAAGUGUUUAACGUGGGCCAGUACCGAAGAGACGCCACUAAAACCUACAACAGCUACGAGUUCUUCAGACCAGACAACUCUGAGGCCAUGAAGAUCCGCAGGGCCUGUGCCAUCACUGCUCUGAAGGACGUGUGCGAUUACUUCAGCAGAGAAAUGGGACAAGUUGCGGUUUUCGACGCCACAAACACGACCCCUGACCGUAGAGACCUCAUCCUCAGCUUCGCCAAAGAAAAUGGAUACAAGGUUUUCUUUGUGGAGUCCAUAUGUGAUGACCCUGAAAUAAUCGAAGAGAACAUUAAACAGGUGAAGCUGAGCAGUCCAGACUAUGUGGACUGUGACAAAGACGAGGCCGUGGAGGACUUCCUCAAGAGGAUCGAGUGUUACAAACAGAACUAUGUGCCCCUGGACGACCAGAAGGACAGGAGUCUUUCGUACAUAAAGAUCUUUAACGUGGGGAGUCGGUACCUUGUGAACCACGUCCAGGACCACAUCCAGAGCAGGAUCGUGUACUACCUCAUGAACAUCCACGUCACCCCUCGCGCCAUUUUCCUGAGCCGACACGGAGAGAGCGAACUCAACCUGCUCGGGAGGAUCGGAGGAGACUCGGGCCUGUCAGCACGAGGGAGCAAGUAUGCUCAGGCUUUGGGGAAGUACAUGAGUGGUCAGAAUAUUAAGGACCUGAAGGUUUGGACCAGUCACAUGAAGAGGACCAUCCAGACGGCCGAGGCUCUGGGAGUGCCAUACGAGCAGUGGAAGGCCCUCAACGAGAUCGAUGCCGGAGUGUGUGAGGAGAUGACCUACGAGGAGAUACAAGAGCACCACCCUGAGGAGUUUGCUCUGAGGGACCAGGACAAAUAUCGAUACCGAUAUCCCAAAGGAGAGUCGUAUGAAGACCUGGUUCAUCGCCUGGAGCCUGUGAUCAUGGAGCUGGAGCGUCAGGAGAACGUUCUUGUCAUCUGUCAUCAGGCUGUGAUGAGGUGUCUGCUCGCGUACUUCCUUGACAAGAGCGCCGAUGAGCUGCCGUACCUGAAGUGCCCUCUCCACACAGUCCUGAAGCUCACUCCAGUGGCUUACGGUUGUAAAGUGGAGUCCAUUUACCUGAACAUAGAAGCGGUGAACACACACCGAGACAGACCAGUGAAUGUGGACGUGGACAGAGACCCCGAGGAGGCACUGGGGACCGUCCCUGAGCACAUUUAAACUGACGUCUGCAUUAAAGGUUUCAACUGUACAGACCACAGACUGUUGGGACUGAACCAGACCUGCUCGUGUCACUGUCGUCUCCAUCGUGAACGCACUUUACGAAGCCGGACUCCAGUGGAAUGAUGCUUCUCGAAAUGUGAAAAAAACAAACAAACUUGCGAACACUACUGGAUCAACUGCACCUUCAUGUGGCUUUUAGUUCAAGUUGUUUUAUUCUCAAACUAUUUAAAUAUUCAAAAGUUUUACGUAGAGAUAUGCCGAUAGUGAAAACGCAUGUGGAUCAUGUUUUACCAUACGCCGUUUGUUUUUAAAUGAAAUAACUUAUGUUUUCAGCCUCUGCGCUGGUAUCGCUUGAUUUCAGGAUCAGCAAAGACUUAAAGCCAAAGUAUCGACAUCAGUAUCAGAACAGAAUAAGCUGGAUCGAUGCCUCCCUAGUUUUAAGAUUUGUCGUGUUGGUGUGAAAAACUUGAAUGGUUUUAACAAGUGAAGUCUAUGGUAGAAUUUGUCUUUUAACUGUCAAAAUGCAGAUGCUGUGGCCUGGUUUAUGGUUAAUAUUUCUGUCAUUCUAUCCACAUGGAACAAAAAUGUCUUCUCUGGCAGUAUAAAUGAACUAAGGUGAAAUGUUUUUAAAUAUAGCCUUAGCCACAAGAUUAAUAUAGAAGAUUAAAUCUGCAGAUCAAUAAUAUACAUUUUUACCUGCUCCCACCUCAGCUAAACAACACUACAAGGAGAUAGGAGGAUGGAAGGGCAUCUGACACACUGGGAUUAUAUGGGAGGACGGGAGGGCAUCUGACACACGGCAACUAUAUGUGCCAAGCCAAAUAUUUAGACAAUUGGCACCUUAAGACCCCAUAAUGCCAAAUUGUGCCUAAUUUGAAAAGCACAGAGAGAAAAUGACUAUGCAUCUAAAUGAAGGGCAGUUGGACAAUUGAAUCAAACCGUUUUUAGAGUUUUGGUGCUGCAGUUUAGAUUUAGAUUUGAAAAUGUUUGAACAAAAGAACCAGAACCAGCACAUCUCUGGCAAAGUGCAUUACCUCCGUCAAUGUGAAGUCAUGUCUCUAGAUUAAAGUGGUUUGUAGAUUUUAGCCUUAGAGUAGCAGCACAUCUCAAUGUGAGAUUUUUAAUAGAGAAAAUAAACCGGGACUAAACCAGAACUAAACCAGGAGCGAACUAAAGACUAAACCAGGAUAAAAGACUAAACCAGGAAAAAACUAGAUCCAAACUAAGAGUAAAUCAGAACUAAUUCAAGACUACAUUAGAACUAAGUCUUAAACAAGGACUCAACCAGGACUAAAACAGGAUUAAACCAGGACUAUACAAGAACAAAACAAGGACUAAACAAGGACCGAAUCAGGACAAAAUCAAUACCAAACCAAGACUAAACAGCGACUAAACUCCAACUGAACCAGAACGAAACCAGAACGAAACCAGGAGUAACCUCCAGCUGGAUCAACACUAAACCAGGAUUGGAACAGAACCAAAACAGGACUAAACCAGGAUUGGACCAGAACCAGACCAGGAUUAACUCAAGACUAGACCAGAACCAGACCAGAACCAAACCAGGACUAAAUAUGGGCUAAACAGGGACCAUUAGUGAUUUCUAUAGAUGUUUGGGUGGUCACUUGUGUACAUCCUUAGACUAAUGCUCCUAUAAAAACAACUGGAGAUCCGUGUUUAAUGUUUUACACAAUAUUUAAUUUCAUAAAAGUGCAAUAAAAUAAAGGUGACAACAAAGUG